AUGGCAACUCUGGCUAUCGACCUCAACUUAAUCUACAAAUUGACGAACGUAUCAGAUGUCACAAAAUUACUGCACGAGACUGUGGCUCGUGAGCGAGCUAUCGAUCAAGACUUGGAUAGGCAGCUGAGCAAGCGGAGCGACUUGGAGCGUAACUUUUUGUUACUGAACACACCGACAGCUGAGACUUUGGAGCUGGUGCGUGCGGACUGCGAACAGCUCUUGCAGAGCGUGCAGGGCACGGCUCAGCUUGCGGAUAAUAUCAGCAGCAAAGUGCGCCAGUUGGACCUUGUCCAGGGCCGCGUGCAGAGUGUGCUCAGUAAAAUCAACCUCAUCCUUGACCGCACCAACUGCAUAAAUGGUGUCCAGUCGGCCAUGGAAGCUGAGGACUACGAGGCCGCAGCCCGUUACAUCAGCUCCUUCAUGGAGUUGGAGAAUCCGGACGCUAGCCAGGCAGAGGAUCAGCGGCGGGUCUUGAUGGAGGUUCGUUCCCGGUUGGAGGAAAUAACGGACCGGAAGUUUGAAGAGGCAGUGGCGCGGAGGGACCACACGGCGGCGGUGCGCUUUGCUCGGCUGUACAAACCACUUGGCAAGCAGGCGGAGGGGCUACAGCGCUUCACGGAUUACCUCAAAGUUGUGGUGGGCGCACAGGCCCGCAACACGUACACCGCCCUGGUGGAGAAGCUUGAGGGGCCCCAGGCUGCAGCAGCAGCAGCUGGUGGUGGUCGCGGCAGUAAGGCGGACUUCGCCGCUGCCCUGACGGCCCUGUUCAAGGACGUGGCGCUGUGCCUGGAGGAGCACGAGGGGGUCAUCAAGGAGACGUUCGGUGAGGCGGCGCUUCUGGAUGUGAUGGCGGGGCUGCAAGUGGAGUGUGAUAAUGCGGGCAGCCGCAUACUGCAGCGCUACUCGGAUAACCGUAGGCUGGAGCGCGUCGUGCGGGAGGCUGGCCAAUCCGGCAAUGCCGCCGCUGUCGCGGCGGGUGACCUGGGUACGGACCACCGAGCUGUCGAGGCGCUGAUUCAGGAGGUGCUCGAAAUUUGUGGCUUGUGUGAGGAGUACAACCAGUUCAUGUUGGGGAAGAUGCGGGCUGCAGCCGCUGCCGGGGGAGUCGGCGGCGGUGGUCGGGAUAGCGCCGGCGGAGCCUUUAACGUGUCGCUUAGGGAGCUGCUCAGCCGCUACGUGGCGCUGGAGGAGUACUACCUGGACGAGACGGCGUCCAUGGCCGUACGUAUAGAUGAGCAGUUGUCCGGUGCGCUGACAAGCAGCAUGGUGGAUGACGUGUUCUUCAUCCUGCGAAAGGUCGGCCUCCGUGCGUUGGCCGCGGGUCAGUUCCAGGCGACGGCAGCCCUGCUGGCGGAGCUGAACAACGUGCUGGCGAACCUGUUUAGGAACGCGCUGCAGGUGAGGGACCGAAGACGUCUUAAGGUGAAGGUCGGUUUCGUCGGUUUUGUCUCCAUGCGGAGCAGCGCGUAUGGUACUGAUCUGGCAGUGGCCCUCAACAACACGGAUGUGGCGGCGGACUACGCCAGCAGGCUGAGGUCGGAACUGGAGACCCACAUCAACGGGGUGCUGGCCUCGCCGUCGGAUAGGGAAAAAGCUCGCUCUGUGUUGUCGGAUCUGGCUAAGACGGGAGGUGACUUCCGCUCCAUGGCGGCCCGGGGGUUGGAGUCUCUGGCGGAGGGAUUGCUACCUCGCAUGAGGGCGUUGCUGGACGAGCUGGCGGCGAUGAGCUACACGCUGACGGAGGCCGAGUACGCCUCCCUGGAGGUGGAGGGCGGCUGGGCGGGUCGCCUGGUGCUGGCCCUGUCCGGUCUGUCUUCCCUGAUGCGAUCCCUGCUGACAACCAGCAACUGGGAGGUGCUGUUUGGCUCGCUGCUGGACAAGCUGUCCGCCCGGCUGGAGGGGCUGCUGGGUCGGAAGCCCUUCAACCAGCUAGGCGGGCUGCAGCUGGACCGGGAGGUGCGGCUCUUGAUCAGCGGCCUGGGUGACCUCACCAGCAGGACAGUGCGGGACCGGCUGGCGAGGCUGAGUCAGAUGGCGGUGUUGCUGGGGCUGGAGACCGUGGAAGAAUUGCUGGAUUAUUGGGGCGGGCCAGGAGGGGGAGGGGGAGGGGGCGGUGUGAUUAAUUGGCGCCUGUCGCCGGCAGAAGUACGGGCCGUGCUGGUGUUACGGACGGACUGGAGUAGGGAGGCGAUUAUGGCGCUGCCGCUGUAG